ACUUACAACUUUGAUCAUAAAUUUCAUGAACUUUUAUUACCUCCUAAUGGAUAAUGUGGAUUUAAGCAGUGGUGUAAGCGCUGCAGCAGAUAAGGCUCGAGUCGCAGCGGCUCUUCCUGUACAUAGCCCACAAAAGUUGACAAAAGUAAGACAACCUUUGGUCAAGACUAACACAAGGAGUUCAGAGCAACAACACUCGGUUUCUGGUUCCUCAAUGUCUUCUUCGGUGACAUCAAGCAGCAGUUCAGAUGAAGACGAGGUCAGCCCUAGACAGCAUGUUCAACACACCUCAAAAGGUUUCUCGGAUUUUCGCAUAAGGAACAUUAAAGCGCAUUCUUUCGGGCGAAGAGAAAUUGAACUUACAGAACAGGAGCUUCCAGGAAUCAUAGCUUUGCGAAACAGGAUUUCAGAUAGGCCUCUGAUUGGAGCUAAGAUUAUCGGCUGCACUCAUAUUAACUGUCAGACUGCUGUGUUGAUCGAAACUUUGGUGUACCUAGGUGCUGAGGUAAGGUGGUGUGCCUGUAAUGUCAACUCUACCCAAAACGACAUCGCUGCUGCUUUGGCAGAGGCAAAUGUACCAGUAUUCGCAUGGAGAAGUGAAACCGUGGAUGAUUAUUGGUGGUGUAUCGAUCAGUGUAUCAGUGCUCCUGGCUGGCAACCCAAUCUAAUAUUGGACAAUGGGGGUGAUGCCACUCACAGGGUUUACAAGAAGUUUCCUGAUUUAUUCAAAUCCCUCAGAGGCAUUGUCGAAGAAAUGGCCACAGGAGUCCAUCGGUUGUUCAAUCUCUCCGAAAGAGGUGAACUGUUUGCACCAGCGAUUAAUUUAAGCGAUUCCGUGCCAAAAAACAAAUUUGACACACUUUAUAACUGCAGGGAAACGAUGUUAGAUUGUCUCAAACGCUGUACAGACUUAAUGUUUGGUGGAAAACAAGUUGUCGUGUGUGGUUAUGGAGAAGUUGGAAAAGGCUGUUGCCAAGCUUUGAAAGGAAUGGGUUGUAUCAUAUAUAUCACAGAAAUUGACCCCAUUUGUGCACUUCAAGCUUGCAUGGACGGCUUCAGAGUUGUAAAGUUAAAUGAAGUUGUAAGAGAUGUUGAUAUAGUUAUUACAGCAACUGGAAACAAACAUGUCGUGACAAGGGAGCACAUGGAGAAAAUGAAAAACGGCUGCAUCGUCUGCAACAUGGGGCAUUCAGACAUUGAAAUUGAUGUAGCCGAUCUUCAAACCCCUGAACUCAUAUGGGAAAAAGUCCGUUCCAAAGUCGACAACAUCAUUUGGCCCAAUGGCAAAAGAAUUGUACUCUUGGCAGAAGGAAGAAUGGUCAAUAUGUCUUGCGCAGGAAUACCUUCUUUCAUGGCAUCCAUAACAUCCACGACACAGGCAUUAGCCAUCAUAGAACUUUUCAAGCAACCGGCCAACAAAUACCAUGCAGAAGUUUAUGUCCUGCCUAAAAAAAUCGAUGAACUUGUCGCCAAUCUCCAUUUAGGCACUUUUGGAGCCAAUCUGACCGUCCUCACUGAUCAACAAGCCAAAUACAUGGGCCUUUGCAAAACAGGACCCUUCAAACCAGAACACUACCGUUAUUAAAUGUUUUUCAAAUUUAAAAG